UCAAUGUCUUCUUCAUCCUUCUUCACUUGCAAGAUGGAUGUGAAGGAAGUUCCAUAUACGAGAUUAUGCAGCACGAAGAACAUACUUACCGUAAAUGGCCAAUAUCCGGGGCCUACUUUAUAUGUUCAUAAAGGAGACACCAUCGUUGUAGAUGUUCACAACAGAGGGAAAUAUAACAUCACCAUUCAUUGGCAUGGAGUGAAACAACCAAGAAAUCCAUGGACGGAUGGUCCGGCGUACAUCACACAAUGUCCUAUUGCACCAGGAGCAAAAUUUAGACAGAAGAUCAUUUUGACAACGGAAGAAGGGACUUUGUGGUGGCAUGCUCAUAGUGAAUGGUUGCGAGCAACUGUAUAUGGUGCUAUGAUCAUAUAUCCCAAGUUGGGAACAAGCUAUCCCUUCACCAAACCUGAUGCAGAAAUUCCCAUCCUAUUAGGAGAUUGGUGGAUACGAGAUAUAGUGGAGGUUGUAAAUGAACUUCUUCUUUCCGGUGGAGGAGGAAACCUUUCCAAUGCCUUCACCAUCAAUGGUCAGCCUGGUGAUCUUUAUCCCUGCUCUAAACAAGAUAUGCUCUUCUUCUCCAUUGCCGGCCACAAUGUCACCUUAGUCGGAUCCGAUGCUAGCUACCUUAAACCAUUAGAGAGAAGCUUCUUUGUCAUAUCUCCUGGCCAAACCUUUGAUGUCCUUCUAGAAGCCAACCGAAGUCCCAAUCACUAUUACAUGGCUGCCAAAGCAUACACCGUUGCUGUAAAAGGUGCUUUCGACGACACCACCACCACAGCUAUUGUAGAAUACAGUGGAAACUACACUCCAUCUUCACCGCCGCUGUUUCCUUAUCUUCCUAAGUACAAUGACACACAUGCAGCUGUUAAUUUUACUGGCAGUCUCCAGAGCUUAGCUGAUAAGGAGCAUCCAAUUGACGUGCCAAUGGAAAUAAAUACAUAUUUGUUUUACACCCUGUCAAUAAACACAGUUCUAUGCCCAAACAACUCGUGCUCAGGGCCAGAUGGGACGAGAAUCUUAGCUAGUGUAAAUAAUAUCAGUUUUGUCGAUCCUGAAAUUGAUAUAUUAGAAGCUUACUAUUAUUGCAUUCCUGGCGUAUUUGGGACUUGGUUUCCUGACUUCCCUCCGUUAUUUUAUAACUUCACUGCCGAUGAUUUACCAAUGAACCUGGAGAUACCGACACUAGCGACCGAAGUGAAGAUACUGGAAUAUAAUUCCACAGUGGAACUUGUUUUCCAGGGGACAAACUUGCUUGGAGGCAGUGACCAUCCGAUGCAUCUUCAUGGGUUUAGUUUCUAUGUUGUGGGGGUGGGUUUGGGGGAUUUUGAUAAUGAGAUAGAUCCCUUGAAGUAUAAUCUGGUCGACCCUCCCCUUUCGAACACCAUUAUCGUGCCUGCAAAUGGCUGGCUCGCCAUUAGAUUCAAAGCUAAUAAUCCUGGAGUGUGGCAUAUGCAUUGCCAUUUCGAUCGACACAUGCUAUGGGGCAUGGAUGCAGUAUUCAUAGUUAAAAAUGGCGAAUCUCCAGAUGCCAAAAUGUCACUACCACCAUCUGACAUGCCAUCUUGUCAUAAGCCUGUCCCAAUUACAUCCAAGGUCGCAAAUUCUCUGGGUCCAGAUAUAUGUCCUAUAUAUGUAGAAAAAAAGUAGGAUUGCAAUCCUAGAAAGUAUUUAGCUAAAUAAAAUGUUGUAAUUGCUUCGCCAAUUUUCUCCCCUUCUCCCUCAAUUUUCCCCCCAUGCCCCACUCAAAGCCGAAGCUUCCCCUUUCAUACAGAAAUAGGGAGAACUCAAACCCUUUUCUAAUUCUAAAUUCUUCUCUCAAUCCCUAAAAUUACAGAUAAUAAUCUAGCCCUAUUAGAAUUUGGAACUCUAAAACUAAUCUAGUUCUUUACACAUCUUCCCUCUUUUAAGGCUAGAUUCAUACCUUUAAAAUAUCAAGACUCCCAAUUUGAAUCGACUUCGAAAACUUCUUCUGCGACUCUUGAUAAGAGCUUCAAAUCCGAAAAUCUCUUCUUGUGUUGUUGUGAUCUAUCUAAACUUCAAGUGGAUUUGUAUUAAAAGAAUUUGGGAAUU